CCAUGAACGUCGAUGAAUUUUCUCAGCAGUGUCCUCGCGCCACUCAGAUUGAUGAAGACGGUUCUUUGCCAUCCUCCUUCCCUUCCCAACCUCCUGAUAUCAGGAACUGGUUCUCCAGCUACGAGUACGAAUCUCCAGAUUGUUCGGAUGCUUCUUAUGUGCUCGAAGUUGCGAGCAAAGAGCUUCUCUUAAAUGAUUUAGCAGAAGUGGAUCGGAUUCCUAAUAAGGAAGAAAAGCUGACUGAAAAUGAAAAUCCGUCAUCCUCCGAAGAAAGUUCACAGAAUGUGAACUCCCUGGAAUUAAACUGCUGGAGUCCUGAAGGAAUAAGGCACUUGCCAUGGGAUAAAGAGUAUGCCUUGAAAGGUAACAAUAAAGAGAGAACAAAUGGCACAGACGAUAUAUGGCCAAGUAAAAUGCGUCCAACGCAGAAAAUUGAAAACUUCAUGAACAUCAAUAAGGAGAACCAUGGAAGUUUGAACAAUACAAGCAAUCAUAAUGUAGUUUUGCAAUACCGAGAAGCAUUUUCUAAGCCCGAUGACUGUCAGUUGAAGGGCAAGCAGAACUCGCAACAACUUGGAAGAAGUAUCAAUGAAGAACAAAAAGAAGUGAUGGCAGAAAAUGGUUUUAUUUCAACAAAGAACAGAGAUGUCGCAGAUAAGCAGGGAGAAAAUUCAAAAGCUCAUUGUUUGAUUGUCAAUGGGAAGAGAAGUAGAUUUGAACUACAAGAAGACGACGUCGUUUCACAAAAAGAGCGUCCCUUUUCUGUGAGAGGAGUCUUAACAGAGAAAACUAAUGUUUGUUUUGCCGAGGAAGCGAUCAAAGCUGAAGCUAUUGGGAAAUGGCAGUUUCCUCGCAAGAGCAAACCAUAUGCUGGGCCUCCAUUGAAGCAGCUUAGACUAGAGCGCUGGGUGCGUCGAGCAGGGUAGCGCCUUCUUAUCACAGAAUUUGGUGCGUCACAAACUUAUACCUUCUUAUAUAUUUUGUGGAAUUCAAAAGUCUUUUUUUGUUGUUGUUUUGUUUAUGGGAGGAUUGAAUUGAAGGAAAUGAAAGUUUGGUUAU